AUGAGCUACGCCCCUCCUCCUCCUGCACUUGGCAUCAGCCAGCCAGCAGUCAGUGUAUUUGAGGGUGCCUUCUUGGCGGCAGUUAACGGCUCGGAACUCGCGAAGGAUUUUCAAACGCGCAUCACCGAGAUCAAUCCGAGAUACGGCAGCUCCGGGGGUUUGAAGGCACUCCUGUUCGGCAUCACUCUCACCCCUCGAAGUCUCUCGUCGAACGCAAGAGCGCCUGUGACGAUGAGUACCGCGCAUACUGUCUUCCAAAGUCCUGAUCAACACGUGCGCCUGAUCUCUGUCUUCAGAUCGGCUACCAAAGGUGUGCGUGCGGACCACACUUCAGCUGUGAUGUUGAAUGCAAUCAUCGACGCUCUGAUGAGAUGCGACGAUGGGGAAGAUGCGGCUCAGGGGACAAGGUCGUUGUGUGUGGCCGUUCCAAUCGCGUCCCUGCGGGGGACAGAGGAGUUCUUUAUGACUCAGGAACAGGCUACACUGGCCAAACAGAGAGCGGAUUGGAGGGGAACAGACUGGGUAGCGAUCGAAGCCAGAAAGAACUCAGACCGGGUCCACCACGUCAACGACAUCGCCUCGGCACUUCAUCACACUUUCGGGCCGCAAUUGCCCUCGGAACACAGCUUCGUGAUGACAAGAAUCACUCAGCUCGAGGACAACAUUGAUGUCUAUGUGGAGGAGAGGACGGGUGACGGACUUGACACUGUCACCGUGGCGGAAGGCGCCGCCACUUUCAGCCGCAUUUCGCCCAGCAAGCUCCGCCGCGCGGCCGAGUUCAUAUCCGGUGUCAGGGGAAGUGCUGCAGAGAGGGAUCUCUUCAAUACGCAGUGGAGACCUUCCCUACAGACUCACCUGGAGUCUGUCCUGGCAGACGACCGCUCGGAUCGCAGCACCAACCCCGAAGCUCCGGAGGAAAGGGGCUUUUUGGUGAAAAUCCCUUGUUGA